AGAUUUCGUAUCACGAAGUUCGCUUGUUGCUUAGAGCACAUAAAAAAUUCAGUUUUUGACAGGUUUUAAAACAGUUUAGUUCGUAGGUACACGCGGUAUCGCAGUAUUGACAAACAUGAAAUCAAGCGGUGCUAAAACAAAACAAAAUCCAGCCAUUUGGCCUCAAAUCCAAAGUAUUUUAAAUACAAUCAACCAUGUUUUAAUUAUACUAAUUGCUGUUUUUGUCACAAUCUUGGCUAGAAGUCUAGAUUUUAAAGAUACGGCGAUUCAUAUGUUUCUAACUGUAAUUGGGUGGAACUUUUUGGCAGCUGAAGCUUUGAUGUCCCACUAUGCCUACAAUCCCAUAACCAGGAGUCUAUCACAUCGUAAUAAAUCCAGAUUUCAUGGCAUUUUGCAAUUGAUAGGAGGUAUAAUGGCUAUUUGGGGUAGUCUGGGAAAGAUUUUCAACACCGAAGGUGAACACUUUACAACAUUGCAUGGCAAAUUGGGUCUUAUUGCCACCUUCUCCAGUUUUGCCAGUGUGCUUGGUGGCACAGUGAAUUUCUUUCAACCCAAAUUUGCCCACAAAGUUUAUACACCAGCUGAAAUUAAAUUUCGUCAUAACUUAUUUGGCAUUUUGGGAUUUGCUUUUGCCAUGAACACCGUUGUUAUGGGAUAUUUCACCGAAUUCUUUACGAAGCAUGUGGAUGCUGAUGUCAUACCUGCCUUUGCCUUGGCCACCGCUUUGGUAUUCCUGUUGACAAUUAUUGGACCUGUAACAUCGCUAAUUGAUAAAAUGAAAUAUCGCAAGGCAGCCAAACAGAAAAAGUGAAGUUAGAACUAUGGGAUAAGUCAAACAAUGAGAUUAACAUGCAAAUAAUGCCAACGCUGGAGAUUUUUGAAAAUAAAUGCCUACAAAUGUA